AUGUGGGAAAAUCACGAAGAUCUGUUUCGUAUCCAGGUAACAGAGCCCAAUGUUUCUGUCAAAGAUGUUAUUAAGAAAAUCGUACGAAGUGGAAACGUUGAAGAUGCAUUUUACAUUUGUGAUGUGAGCGAUAUUGUAAAGAAAUAUAAGGACUGGAAAAAAGCAAUGCCAAGGAUUGAAACGUAUUACGCUGUAAAAUGCAAUGCUCACAGGCUCGUCCUGGAAACCCUGGUGGCCAUGGGAUCAGGUUUCGACUGCGCCUCCAAAGAAGAGAUCAAGAAAAUUCUUUCUCUGGGUGUUCCACCAAACAAAAUCAUUUACGCACAUCCUACGAAGAAGUUGAGUCAUUUGAAGUAUGCCGCAGAAGUUGGAAUCGAGAUGAUGACAUUUGACAAUGAGAUGGAGUUGCACAAGGUCAAACACAUGUUUCCAACAGCUAAGUUAGUUCUACGGAUAAAGUAUGACGACCCGAGGUCAAACUUUCCAUUAGGAGGAAAAUUUGGAGCUAAUCCAGACACGGCAGCGAAAGAUCUUUUGGAAAAGGCGAGAUCACUCGGUUUGGAAGUGAUUGGAGUAUCCUUUCACAUUGGAUCGGGAAAUACGCACCUUGAUGUAUACCAAAAGGCAAUUAUAGCCUCAAGAAAAGUUUUUGAUAUGGGCGCAGAACUUGGCUAUCAGUUCAAGUUGUUGGAUAUCGGUGGAGGGUUUUCUGGUAAUACGGGAUCUUCGAUUAACGAGGUUGGGAUAGCUGUCAAUAAAUUCAUAGAUCAAUACUUCCCGGAUCCGUCUAUAAAGAUAAUAGCAGAGCCAGGCCAGUAUUUUGUGAUAUCGGCGUUCACUCUAGUGACGCAAAUCCAUUCGAAAAGAUGUCUGCCUAGUCAAAAUGGUAGCGAACCGAUCAGAAUGUACUAUGUGGACAUCAGUGUAUUCAACUCUAUUAUCAUAGGUCUCUACGACCUGUACGUUAAGAUAGCUCCCGUCGAAGAAGCUAAAGGAGCACCAGUUUAUCCAAGUACAGUUUGGGGCGCCACCUGUGAUGGUUCCGAUCGGGUCUCCCCCGAGACGAUACUUCUUCCCGAGCUAGCGAUUGGAGAUUGGGUGGCGUUCGAAGAAAUCGGAGCCUACUCUCUAUCGAUAGCAUCAGAUUUCAAUGGAUUCGAACUACCACAUGUACAUGGGAUUGUUAACAGAAGAGAUUGGAAAUUUCUCAUAGAGGCAGCAAAACGGCCAAUGUCCAAACAAAAGUUUGCUGCAGGAGAUUAUCCAGAAAAUUAUCUCACCGGUCUGAUGAAGCCAAGCAAAUUUGAUACAAACUAUUUUUGAAAAUAAAUAAUUGAUCCUAUAUAA